ACAGUACGAUUUCACACAACCUCAAACAACAUGUGCCAAAGUACCAAAGUCGUAGUAGCCGUCGCUUUAGUGACAUUUGUAGUAGCCUUAGACGACUCGAGGAAUGCUCAAUUGACACACUACGAAUACCAGAACGAUGGCAGUGGUCCAUUUCGUUUCGAUUUUGAAUCCAGCGACGGCAUCAAGAGGCAAGAGGAAGGAACUCUAGUUCACGAAGGCAGCGACCAUGCAGCCGUCAUCGUCAGGGGCUCCUACUCCUACGUAGGCCCUGACGGGGUGGAGUACACGGUCAGGUAUACAGCUGACGAAAAUGGAUUUCAUCCGGAAGGCGAUCACUUUACCGUGCCACCAUUCGUACCAUGGCCGAUUCAUGCUGACGUCGAGCAGUAUACCACCGGCGAAAGCAUCAAAGGGGCCUAUCAGACUCCUGCACAGGGGUAUCCAAAGGGGGGUUCUCCAUACAACUACGAUCGCCCUGCUGGGGCCAGAGCUUUCAAUUUGCCUUCUUCCUCAAUCACCACUCCAAAACCUUUCCCUGUUUUCAACAGCUUCCAAGCCACUUCCCAGGAAUACCUUCCUUCCACACCAAGCCCAAAACCUCUAGCCAAAAGAGAGAACAACGAUGAGAAGUUCAGUGAAGUUCAAGAAAGCGAACACAAAGAAAUUACCAUCGUUUCCACUGAGCUGGAAAAGGAGAAGUCACCACAUCAUACCAUUGAAGAAAUUGAGGCUAAAGUCGUAGUAGCCGUCGCUUUAGUGACAUUUGUAGUAGCCUUAGACGACUCGAGGAAUGCUCAAUUGACACACUACGAAUACCAGAACGAUGGUAGUGGUCCAUUUCGUUUCGAUUUUGAAUCGAGCGACGGCAUCAAAAGGGAAGAGGAAGGAACUCUAGUUCACGAAGGCAGCGACCAUGCAGCCGUCAUCGUCAGGGGCUCCUACUCCUACGUAGGCCCUGACGGGGUGGAGUACAAGGUCAAGUACACCGCCGAUGAAAAUGGAUUCCAUCCAGAAGGCGAUCACUUCUCAGUACCACCCUUCGUACCUUGGCCAUCGCAUGCUGACGCUGAAGAUGUUGAAGGUUACCCAAAAGGAAAUUCAGGAUACAACUACAACCGUCCUGAUGGAGGUAGACACUUAGAGCUAGAUUUUCAAGCUAUCCCAAAACCUUUGGCGAAGAGGGAAAACACUGGAAAGAGCGAUCUUCAAGAGGAAAACGAAGAAGAACUCACCAACGGUUUGACGGAGUUGCAAAAAGAAAAAUCAAUACAUCACACCAUUGAAGAAAUUGUAGCUAAAGUGAUCAACUUGUAAAUUUAAGGAAAUCGUACUGUUAGUUUAAGAUUUUAUGUUGUAAUAAUAAAUAAAUAAAAAUCGCUUUCAAAA